AUGCACGGUGCAGUACGGUAUACCAAACAGGCGCGCAUCGGGUCAGGGUCGUACGGCGAGGUAUUCCGCGGUAGCGAUAAUACCAAUGGCCAGGUUGUCGCGAUCAAGGUGGUUGAUUUGGAGCUGUCCGGCGAAGAACUGCUCGCAGUGCAGCGCGAAAUCGCGGUGCUGAGCCAGGUACAUAACCCUUACAUCACGGCCUACUAUGACAGCUUCUUGCAAGGACCGCAGCUCUCCAUUGUAAUGGAGUACUGCGCGGGGGGCAGCUGUGCGGAUAUGCUCGAUGCGGGGCUCUUGCGCACCGAGCACAUUGCUCCUGUGCUCCGUGGAGUGCUUCACGCGUUGGUAUACCUGCACAGCGACAAUAAGCUGCACCGUGAUAUCAAAGCUGCUAAUAUCCUGCUGUGCCAUGACGGCAGCGUCAAGCUUGCCGACUUUGGCGUCGCGGGCCAGCUUACCAUGGCGUCACGAAAGGACAGUGCAUUUGUCGGCACGCCGUACUGGAUGUCGCCGGAAGUCGUGAAGCAGAGUGGAUACGAUUCCAAGGCGGAUAUUUGGAGCGUGGGGAUCACAGCGAUUGAGCUCGCAGAAGGUGAUCCGCCUUAUGCGAAUCUGCACCCGAUGAAGGUCUUGCAUUUGAUCCCUCGGAACCCUCCGCCGACGCUUGGCCCGACCUACCCCAAGCCUCUCCAACAGUUUGUUAAUCUGUGCCUUACACGCGAUCCUCAGCAGCGUCCCAGCGCUGCCGUGUUGCUAAAGCACAAGCUCAUUCGCAGUGCGGCGCCUACAUCGACGCUCGCGCCUUUGGUCGCUCGAAGGGUUGCUCAGGCGACCGAAGGCGAUGUGUCCCCGGCCAAGUCGGACGUGUAUCCCGAGCGCAACACGGGCAUGUGGGAUUUCGGCACGGUACAGCACCGCGCACGGUUAGCGACAGUCGUGCAACAGGACGUGCCGCGUUGA